GUGAACUACAUACUAGCUCAUUCUUAACGUCCUACCCUAGCUCCUCUCUAUCAUCAUCAAAUUCAACUGUUUUCAGGAAGUCUAUUCGCCUCUUCAUUGAACAAGAAGACAAAAGAAGAAGGAAAGGAGAAGAAAUAGUAGUUUCCUGAUUGUUUGUAGCUGAUUCAUGUUUCCUAGUAGUAAUCGUGUUGUUGGGUGCUCAUAAUUUAAUGGUUUUGCACUUGGCUUCCGAUACAUCACCCCUUUGCCGUGGUUUUUUAUCACACCGGAAACACUUUUUCAUUGCCAUCUGCCCUUGUGCUGCUCCUAAUUACAGAAACAAGUGUAAAGGUAUAGCAGCUAAAAAUGUGAGAUGGGCUCCAAAGACUCAAGCUUGCUCUAAUGGCGGAAGUAGGAAUCCAUUCAAAUAUGCCACCAAAGGGAUGGUAUUAAAGCGAUUUUCAGAGGAGGAGGAGGAGGAUUACGAUUCCACUUGUUUGACCGUCAAUGGUAAGACUGGGAGUAGCAGCUAUUAUAGCAGCACCAAUUUUGGGGAAGAAGACCCUAUUGUGGAUAAGCUGAGGAAUCAGCUUGGGGUCAUCCAUCCUAUUCCCUCUCCACCUCCGAUAAACCGCAAUGUUUUCGGCCUCUUUGCUUUCUUCUUUUUUGUUGGUGUUGUUUUCGAUAAGCUGUGGACGUCAAGAAAGAGAAAUGGAGGGAGAAGUAAGGGAGAGCAAGUGCCGAGUAGCCUGUCUUCACUUCUCGAGAAGGAUUUGCAGAGGAAAGAGUCAGUAGAGUGGGUGAACAUGGUGUUGGGGAAGCUGUGGAAGGUGUAUAGGGGUGGGAUUGAGAAUUGGAUCAUUGGGCUUUUGCAACCUGUGAUUGACAAUCUCAAGAAGCCAGAUUAUGUGGAGAGGGUUGUGAUCAAGCAAUUCUCCUUGGGCGAUGAGCCUUUGUCAGUUAGAAGUGUCGAUCGCAGAACAUCCCGUCGCGUUAAUGACUUGCAAUAUCAGAUAGGCCUGCGCUAUACUGGUGGGGCUCGGAUGCUUCUACUUUUAUCCCUUAAAUUCGGCAUCUUUCCUAUUGCUGUGCCAGUGGGUGUCCGGGAUUUUGACAUUGACGGGGAAUUAUGGGUCAAACUGAGACUCAUACCAACCGAGCCAUGGGUGGGAGCUGCUUCCUGGGCUUUCGUUUCUCUUCCAAAGAUAAAAUUUGAGCUCUCGCCAUUUCGCUUAUUCAAUUUAAUGGAGGCUUGCGGCAUAGGUCAUUCAUUGGCAUAUUACAGCAGGUUUCUUACAAAGCUUCUAACAGAGGAUUUACCUAGGCUAUUUGUGCGUCCAAGAAAGAUAGUUCUGGAUUUUCAGAAAGGAAAAGCUGUAGGACCUGUUCCGGAUGAUACCAAAUCUGCAGAAAAUCAAGAGGGAAAUAAUGAAUUUGCUGGAGAAUUGUCUGUGACUCUUCUAGAUGCACGAAAACUCAGUUAUAUAUUCUAUGGCAAAACUGAUCCAUAUGUUAUUAUAAAAUUGGGAAAUCAAGAGAUACGUAGCAAAAGAAAUAGCCAAACCACAGUCAUCGGACCUCCUGGUGAGCCUAUCUGGAAUCAGGAUUUUCACUUGUUAGUUGCUGAUCCUCGGAAAGAGAAAUUAUUCAUUGAAGUGAAGGAUUCUCUUGGAUUUACAGACUUGACUGUGGGUACUGCAUUGGCUCCAAAGGAGUGGUGCUUACCGCGGUUCUUCUUGCUAAAAGUCAAAAGGAAAUAUCUUCUGGACUCUUCUUUAUUGCAUACAUCCUGGGUGGGUAGCCCGAACGAAUCUAUGGAGCAAGGGGGACGAAGUAGGCUUCGUUCUAUUCUUGACCAACAAGAAAGCCGCAUAAGUCAAUAUGUAACCUACGAAAGAUCGUUUGCGGGUUUGGGUUCUGUAAGACUUCCACGCAUACCCUCGGUCACCGAGCCGAGCUUUGGCAUGACGUACGCGUGGAAAGGGAUGAAGAUGUAUGAAACUUCUCCAGCGGGAACUGAAAAAUCUCUGCCCAGCAAGAGUACUUUACCCAACUGCUCCAAUGGCACAAUGUCUAUUUUGAGAUGUAUGGUUGAUCUUGGAUCUCUGAAAGACACUGUUCCAGCGGACAGAAUAGUGGUACUUCGAGGAGGUUGGAGCCUGUUUGGAAAUGGUUCAGCUGGAGAAAUCCUAUUGCGCUUGACCUACAAAGCAUAUGUUGAGGAUGAAGAAGAUGAAAGGUCUGUGAAAGUCUCAACAGAUACGGAGGCAUCUGAGGAUGAGCUAUCUGAUUCCGAUGAGCAGCGUCCAAAGGAAUACAUUAUUGGACCCGACAAGGAAUCUUUCAUGGAUGUUUUAGCAGCAUUGUUAGUAAGUGAGGAGUUCCGAGGGAUAAUGACUUCCGAAACACUGAAUGCCAACAGGUCUUUAGAUGCCGAGAUAAGUAGCCCUACAUCAGAAUCCUAUGCCAAAACCGAACUGCCAGCUCCUGCAAAUAAUAGUGGUAGUUCUCGAGGGUCAACUUUGUUUUGGCUUGCCUUUGUCACAAGUAUCUCAGUCCUCAUAGCUUUGAAUAUGGGUGGUGCCAAUUUGUUUAAUCCUUGAUACAGUGAUGCUUGUGUCACAGCCAUGUCGAGAUUGCUGCUUGCUUAUCUUGGAUGUACAGAGAAAAGAGAACUACCCUAAUAUUUCAGCCAGGAGAGGAGAGUAUACUAUUUUUGCAUUUACUAGGUUAAUUGUUUAUUACUUUAUAGGCAGAGUGAGUGUGUUUUGUUGGCGGAAAAUUUCAGGGUAUUGCUAUAGGUUAGACGUGAUAAUUUUAUAUCACUAACUAGUUUGUUUUGUGCACAGCCGGUCCAAUUAUUGUCAUAAUUAAGCAUGUAAUUAAACUAUAAUCGAGUUUUAUGCUAUGUUGUAAAAGUGUGUUAGUGAUUGAAUAUUAAUUUUAGUACAUACGUAUCAUGCUUUUA